AUGGGAGUAGGUAAAAGUCAGUUUUCUGAAGAAGAAUUACAAGAUUACCAGGAUUUAACAUAUUUUACGAAAAAAGAAGUUUUGCAUGCACAUCAAAAGUUUAAAGCACUUGCUCCAGAGAAGGUUGGUCAUAAUAGAAAUGCAAAACUUCCAAUGUCUAAAAUCUUACAAUAUCCUGAAUUAAGAGCAAAUCCCUUUGGAGAUAGGAUUUGUAAAGUUUUUAGUUCUAGUCAAGAUGGAGAUUGUACCUUUGAAGACUUUUUAGAUAUGAUGUCUGUUUUUAGUGACGCAGCUCCAAAAGCUGUAAAAGCAGAACAUGCCUUCAGAAUAUUUGAUUUUGAUGGAGAUGAUAUGCUUGGCAUCGGAGAUCUAAGACAAGUAGUAGAUAGACUUAAUGCUCCACAAAGAUUGAAUGAAACAGAUAUGCAACAAGUACUCCAAUAUAUACUUGAUGAGGCAGAUCUAGAUGAUGAUGGUGCACUUAGUUUUGCAGAGUUUGAACAUAUUAUAGAAAAAAGUAGUGAUUUUUCAAAAAGUUUCUGCAUACGUUUAUGAGAUGUGAAAUUUUGAUAAAAAAUAGUAAAGCAG